AUUUCGAGUGUGGGCUUUUGGAGGUUCCAACAAAGCUUUUGUAAUGAAAUGAUUGGAGCUCGAGUCUUUUGUAUCCCGACAGCAACACUUGAAAGAUCAUCAUCAUCAUCAAUCUUCUUCUUCUUCCCCAAGAUCUCGACCCGACCCGUUUCCAGAUUAUCAACCACCGUCGCCAUGAGCACCACCAGCAAAAGCCAAGAGGAGCUCGAUUCCAUUUUCAAGCAGAAACGUGUCGUGCGUUCCACCGUCCGCAAAUCAUUAAAAGCCAUGAACCCUUCUCUCCGCACCCAACAAGAUGAUGCAAUUCAGAACACUGUUCUCGAAGCUCCUUGGUUCAAAUCAUGUCGGAGACUGUGUGCUUACAUUAGCUGCAAGUCUCUCAACGAAGUCGACACUUCAAGAAUCCUGUCCAAGAUUCUCCAACAUCCUGAUUCAAAUACAAUGGGAGCGAAAAAGCUAUAUGUCCCAUGGGUAGAGGAUAAGAAGAGUAACAUGCGUAUGCUGCACAUAUCUCAUAUGGAUGACCUCAUUGCAAACUCUAUGAACAUUUUGGAACCAGCUCUCGUUGAUGCUCUAGGGAAUGAGCGUGAAGAUGGUAGCCUCCUUCUUUUUUUUUUCCUAUGCUUCCACCACAUUAUAAGUAUUAUCACACGGGAUAGAGAUGUCACUUUGUGUUUUCUUCUAUGGACAGUGUUGCAAGCAGAUGAACCAAUCGAUCUAUUCAUCUUGCCAGGUCUUGCGUUUGACAGAUGUGGGCGACGUUUAGGUCGUGGGGGUGGCUACUACGACACUUUCUUGAAGAGAUAUGAGGACCGUGCAAAGGAUAAGGGCUGGAGCAAUCCACUUAUGAUUGCAUUGUCAUAUUCGCCUCAGAUUCUUGAGGAUGGAGGUAUUCCUGUAACGCCGAAUGAUGUUAUGAUCGAUGCCCUUGUGACACCUUCUGGUGUUGUUCCCAUUACUCCUCGUGCUAUCGAGAGAAUGUGAGCUCAGGAGCUUGUGUUUGGAGAUGAAGCUCAGAUCACUUGGUUCGUUGGUGCUUGAACACUCCAUUUUUUUUUAUUUUGCUAUAAUUCAGCUCACUAAGAGAAACGAGAAGCUAUAGACCUUUUGUCAUUUCGAUCGGGUCUCUUUGUCUGGGCUCUGUUAAUGUAUAUUUAUAUGUACACGAAUCUUUAUUCAAGUAAAAAAAAAAAAAAAUUAGUGAAAA